AUCAUCUGUCAUCGCUCAUCAAUAAACAACUAAAAUGGACUCUAAAUAUGUUGUACCAGUAAUAACUCACAAUUUACAUAAACAAGAGACUAUAGUACAAAUUGCCGAAGUGUUAGAUCAUCUGGCUAACGUUAGUGAAGGUAUAUUUGCUCAAAUAAACAAAAGGUUGGAACUGAAUCGAGCGAAAUUGUCGGACAUAUCGGGAAGGGUGGAUGUAGUAAAUAAGAAAAUAAACAAGCUCAGGGGCGCUAAGAAAGCGACGCAAGUGUUUUCCAGCAGCAAAUAUCCGGCUAGUGAUGUAUAUAAGGAAUAUGUUUCCACAUUUAGUGAUGCUCCUCCAAUUGAAAUAAAAAGACAUCCGGUUAAAUACAAAAGUGUUCCAGCAGCGCAGGGUCCAUUAGAAAAACUGCAAUUCUUCCACGUAAAUAUUCAUAAACCUAACGAUAUAAAACUUCAUGGUUUAGGAGAUGCGCCUCGUAGUAUAGAGUUUGUUAAUGAUCUACUUUUGUACAACUCGGGAACUAAUUUGUAUAAAGACUUUGUCACUGAUCAUGCCUCGAAUACACCACAACAAAUAACGAUUGUUGAAGAAAAUGAAUCGGAAAUAGGUGCAGCUCCAAAAUCAAUAAGCGAAAGAUCCAUUCAAUCGAAAACCCAGAAACAGAGCUACUUUUAUACACCGCAAAUCGGAGAAGUUCCCACACUAGACGUGCCUUUGGAUCUGCCCGAUUUGCCAGGCAUUGCCAACGAUUUGCAUUACGAUAAUGAACUUAACUCGAGUAUAGCCCCGUCAGCUGACAUAACUCCGUCCAUUUUUGAAUUAGAUUUCCAUACUAGUCAAAAUUUACCCACUAUUCCUCAAGACGAUGAAGAGGACAAGGAACCAAACAUUUCGAUAGCGGAGUUGCCGCCCGUUCCAGAAAUCCACGUCCCGGAUGCAUCACCAUCCACACCUAAUGUUCCUAGCGUUGUCGAAGAAAAGAAACCUGUUGAUAUUCAAUUGGUUGAGGAGCCGAAAUCCUCAAUAGAAAAGGCUCCUGCGAAAUCAUCGGCAACAACAGCAGCUUUGCCUCCUGCUGAUGAUCUCAGGUCCAGUUUAAUGGAAGCCAUACGAAAUGCUGGUGGCAGUGGGAAAGCCAAAUUAAAAACUGUAGAUAAAAAUAACGGACAACCGGUUACAAAAGGCGCUCAGGGCGGGGAUUUGAUGACCGAUCUUCACAACAAACUUUUCAUGAGAAGAAAAGGUAUUUCGGGUGCUAAGCAAUCUCAGGAAAAUGGCAUCGACGCGGAUUCUACGCUGUCGAGAAUUGCUGCGAUGAUUCCACCACCUGAACCCUCCAACGAUCCAGAUUCCACUUCCAAUGACGAAGAAUGGGAAGAGUAGGAUUUUAAAUUUAAUUUUAAUCAACAUUUACACUGAUAUAUGUAUACAAAAAUAUUUACUCUAUUUACAUAGUCUGUCUUUACUAUUCGUUUAAAUAAAACAGUUUGUAGUAAUAAUA